AUGGGGACUACAACUGAAGCCUCUGCUGGAGGUGAGUCGAAGUCCCCCAAGCAGUCCAACAGCUCUCCCCCUCAAGCAGAUACCACCGCCGACACCAAGGCAACCGAUCCGCCUGUCAAGAUAGAGGCUGCCAAUGCCGAACAGGCCAAACCUCUUGCGCCUCCCCCUCGACCCGGCCAACAACCAGGCAAUACCCCAGACUUCUUCGCGGUCCAGGCCGGCGGAUCUCUCAGUCUGGAGCCCAAUCCAUUUGAGCAGUCCUUCGGGGGCGCUCCAGAGACACCAGGAGGAACAAAGCUGCCUUCAGUUGCUGCAUUGACAUCACCCUCUUCAUUACUACCUGGUACCGCUGCAACACCAUUCAACUGGGGAGGAGGUUCCUUACGCACUGGUCCCCUGAGCCCGGCAAUGCUUUCUGGCCCGGCGAAUGAUUAUUUUGGCGAUACUCAUCAUCUUCGUGGCGGAUUCCCUACACCCAACGAGUCCUCCUUGAGGACGGGUUUGACACCAGGUGGCAGUGGUUCUAUGUUCCCUGCCCCUAGUCCCAAUUCCCAAGCACUAUUUGCUCAACUUGCCAGCGGCGGUGCUACACCCAGCACUCUUGAUUUCCAUCGAACUGCUAUCAGUGCGGCUGCCAAACGUGACCAGAACGGUGCUGCUCCACGAUCUCAGGCACCGCAAGCUCCUCAACCACAGCAGCAGGCUCCUCAACCUUCUGUCACUUCACAACCCCAGGAAAUGCCCAACGGUUCAUCCAAUACUAAAUCCGAAGCGAAGCCCGUAUCGGGCCCCUUCGACCCUCACGAUAACGACGCUGCAAACGGCCUUUUUAUGCUGGCCCAGGGUAGAAACGGUGCUCAAAACGGUAACCAAUUUGCUGUCACCUCAGGUAACCCUGGUCACGCCCACCCUGCUCCUGUUGCACCUCAAAACAUGAAUACCUCACCACAGAUGUCAAGUAUCAACGGUGGUUCUGUCGGUUCAAUUCGCGGUAUGAGCGAAGGAAGCAUGAUGUCAGAUGAUAGUGAGCAGGCUAGACCAAACACUCGAGGUCGGGGCAAGAAGAACCCUCCUGCCAUCAACGGCCGAAGGAAGGCGGAUGAGCCACCAUCCAAGGCUCCGGCUCAUAAAAAGUCAAAGGCCAGCAAUUCUAUGUCUAUGAGUAUGGAUAUGGAUAUGUCUGAUGACGAUGAAUCCAAAAUGAAGUAUGAGGAUGGCGGGUCAAAGUCCAAGAUGACUGACGAGGAGAAGCGUAAGAAUUUCCUCGAACGUAACCGUGUUGCGGCUCUUAAGUGUCGUCAAAGAAAGAAGCAGUGGCUAGCCAAUCUACAGACCAAGGUCGAGAUGUUUAGCACUGAGAACGAUGCGCUGACCGCGCAAAUCACCCAGCUCAGGGAAGAGGUUGUUAACUUGAAAACGCUCCUACUUGCCCAUAAAGACUGCCCAGUUACUCAGCAGCAAGGAAUUCAUGGUGCUUUUAUGUCCCAGGUUGUGGAACCUUACAACCCUCAAAUGAACCCUUAUGGCAUGGCAGCACCAAUGUCUAACCAGCAAGUUAUGGCUGGUCAGGGUGUCCCGAGGCGUUACUCAUAG